AUGUAGCUCACUAGUUCAGUAGCUUUUUUCGGUGAGACGCUGACCAAUCGCAAAGAAAACCGCAUAAUGCUACGAUUCCUCAACACAGGUAACAGAUCGCCACCGGGCCUCCGCCUAAUCGGGCUGAGCCGGCGGUGGUUCUCUGCCAAUACGACGGUGAUGAGCUUCGGCGACGGCUCCCAAGGUGCCCUCGGCCUCGCCGAUUCCACAAUUGGCGUCGCCUCCGACGCCUACGAACCCACUCCCAUCCCAUCCCUUCCGCCCGACGUUUCCAGCGUCGCCGCCGGCCACUACCACUCCCUCGCCGUCACCUCCGGCGGCCAUCUCUGGUCUUGGGGACGCAAUAGCGAAUCACAGCUCGGCCGCCCCCACCUUUCUCCUAGAGAAACAUGGAAUAAACCCCAAAAAGUAGAAGGAUUGAAUCAAGUGAAGAUUAUCAGUGCAUUUGCAUCUGGUGUUAUAUCUGCUGCAAUUGGAGACGACGGCACUUUGUGGGUAUGGGGAAAAUCGAGACGUGGGCAAUUAGGCCUCGGAAAAGACAUCACCGAAGCUAUUUUACCGACGAAAGUCGAUGCACUUCGUGGGCAAGACAUAGUUAAGGUUUCGCUAGGUUGGGGGCAUGCUCUUGCUCUGACUAAAGACGGGAAAUUAUUCGGCUGGGGCUAUUACGCCGAUGGGAGGUUAGGAAAGAUUGGGAAUUUAUCCGAGGCCUCUCCACUUGAUUCGUUUGCUGGUAAGUUAAAAUCGUCAAAUUCGAAUACGAUGAUUGAAUCGGCAGAAAAAUUAGUGUUGGAAGCAAUAGAAAAGGAAAAAGAUAUGCCAAUCAUAUGGCAACCAACUUUAAUCGAAGAAUUGUGCGAUAUCGAAGUUGUGGAUGUGGCAUGUGGGCUCGAUCAUUCGUUAGUGUUAUGCAGUGACGGCACUCUUCUAAGUGGAGGCAGCAAUGUGUACGGCCAAUUAGGCAGAGCAAAACAAGAUUUGGGUUUACACGCUGUCGAUACGAGUCACCUCUCGCCUAUCAGUAUAGCAUCUGGACUCGGUCACUCUUUCGCAAUUUGCAAGAAUAUUCCACUAGACGGACUAAGUGUUGUUACGUGGGGAUGGAAUCAGAAUUCUCAACUUGGGAGAGAAGGUCCGGAGAAUAUUCCCCUUGUAGUAGAAUGUCUUGACGGUGAGAUGCCGAUUUCUGUUUCUGGAGGGAGAGUACAUUCGAUAGCUGUAACGGGUAAGAGAGAGGUUUGGUCUUGGGGUUGCGGUAGAAACGGACGCCUAGGAUUGGGUAGCUCUGUCGAUGAAGUCGAACCUAUGGCGAAUCAGUAUUUAGAGGGCUAUGAAGUUUUGCAAGCCGUUGCAGGUUUUGAUCACAGUCUUGUUCUUGUUGCCGGGUGAUACAUCGUGGGCUCGAGUCGAAUAAAAAAACGGUAUAUUAUCUUCAAAUUUUUUGGUGCUUAUUGAAAUAUUUACUGAAGCAAGUUGUGACUUGCGAUUAACUUAGUGAGUUUAUGAGAGAGAGAGGGAGAAAGAAUCUUGAUUCGGAACGAUGGAUGUGUUCUAUGUUAUCUUGAGAAUCUUAUUGCAGCUGUAAAACUUUCCCUAUUGUGCGUAGAAUUCAUCCACGGACAUC